AUGUCCCACACCCAAUGCCCCUCAUGCUCUCAGUCCUCAUCCACCCCAGAAGAAGACCUCCUCAGCCAACGCCCACUCCACUCUCUCUUACGCUAUCCAUGCCGAGCCGAAGGCUGCAGUCGGCUGUUCAAGUCCAAAGGCGGUCUCACCAAGCACAUUAGCAGCUAUCACGAUGGCCUUGUCGACAGCUCGCCUGCCCCAUCCAGCCCUCCGCCUGUUGAUCACGACCUUCAGGACGAGCCUCCCAUGGACUCUUUUCAGCCUGAAGACCAUGAGCUGCCUGAACAUCUGGAGCCGCAGUCUGAACAUCCGCGUGGAAGGGUGGAAGAGUUAGAUGGGGGGAAAAGGAUUCGCGAGUACCAUCCUGUCCUGACUGGCGAUAGGUGUAACCCAGAUGGCAGCUUCAUAUCUGAGGACAACGGUCCAUUUCCUCUCCCCGCCCGUGCCCCUGACGAUUGGCACCCAUUCCGCAGUCGGGUCGAAUUCGAGACAGCAGACUUCCUCUACCGACGCUCUCAAGCGCCCGCCGGUCAUAUUGACAUUCUCAUGGACCUCUGGGGGGCAACACUUCGAAAGCACGGUGACACGCCGCCGUUCGCCGACCACAAAGAUCUCUAUAAGACCAUCGACGCCAUCAAGGCUGGCGACGUCCCUUGGGAGUCGUUCAGCAUGUCCUACAAGGGUGCAAAGCCGGCAGGCGCUGUCCCUCCAUGGAUGACGCAAUCUUACGACGUCUGGUUUCGUGACCCCCAAAAGGUCGUUCGGAAUAUUCUUGGCAAUGCCGACUUUCGUGACGGCAUCGACUAUAGCCCCUAUCGCGAGUUUGAUGACAGCGGUCACCGCCAAUUUGAACAUAUGUUCUCAGGUGAUUGGGCCUGGCAACAGGCAGACGAGAUAGCUGCAAAUCCUGGCACGGAUGGCUGCACCUUCGUCCCCAUCAUCUUAGGCAGCGACAAAACGACAGUCUCGGUGGCAACUGGCCAAACCGAGUAUUACCCCCUAUACCUAUCUAUCGGCAACGUGCACAACAACAUCCGUCGAGCGCACAGCAAUGCUGUUGACCUCAUCGGGUUCCUCUCCAUUCCGAAGACCAAUCAAAGCUUUACAGGCGACCCAGUAUUCCGACAUUUUUGCCGGCAACUAUACCAUUCAUCACUGUCGAGGAUCCUUCAGUCGCUCAGGCCGGGGAUGACCACAUACGAGGUGGUCCGCUUUGGGGAUGGCUACUUUCGACGGGUGAUGUAUGGGCUGGGGCCAUAUAUUGCGGACUACCCAGAACAGGCGCUCUUGGGCUGUAUCGUCCAGGGCUGGUGCCCGAAGUGUUUAGCUUUCCGAGACGACCUUGAUGGGGAGCCAGCACUGCCCCGGACUCGAGAGCAUGACGACAUUGUUAUAGAGGAGCUGGACCUUGGCACACUAUGGGACUAUUAUGGGGUAAUAGGGAAUGUUGUCCCAUUCACCAAUGACUUUCCGCGAGCGGACAUUCACGAACUCAUCACCCCCGAUAUACUACACCAACUAAUCAAAGGGAGCUUCAAGGACCACCUCGUCGAGUGGGUUGUCAGCUACUUCCACAAGAAGUACAACAAGGCAAAAGCCCUCUCCAUUCUUGACGAUAUCGACAGGAGAAUUGCUGCAGUUGCUCCAUUCGCUGGACUCCGCCGAUUUCCGAACGGCCGAGGCUUCAAGCAAUGGACCGGUGACGAUAGCAAGGCACUAAUGAAGGUCUAUCUUGCCGCAAUCGAAGGCUACGUUCCACGGAGGGUGGUUCGAGCAUUUCGAGCAUUUCUCGAAUUCUGCUACCUUGUGAGGCGUGACGUGCAGACAGAAGAGACACUGCGGGAGAUCGAUGAUGCACUCGAACGCUUCCACAAGUAUCGCAAGGUAUUCACAAAGCUCAAGGUCACGACGUCCAUUUCACUCCCUCGCCAACAUUCACUUAUCCACUACGCCUUCAUGAUCCGCCAAUUUGGAGCACCUAACGGACUUUGUUCGUCGAUCACUGAGUCAAUGCAUAUCAAGGCGGUGAAAGAACCUUGGCGGCGAUCUAGUCGGUUCGAGGCCCUCAAGCAAAUGUUACUGACAAAUCAACGCCUCGCGAAGCUUGCGGCUUAUCGUGUUGAGCUAACAGCAAGGGGGAUGCUCCAAGGAAAGGCCUCCUCGGAAUCAGAUGUGCUUAAUGUGAUCCAACGAUACGAUAGCAUAUUCUACUUUGCAGCAGCUGACCCCGACCCCACCACUCUCAUCCGCAUUCGAGGCAUGACUGGAGGUAGUGUGGAUGUGGCAGAGGACGAGCGGGACUGCGUCAUCAACAAGCAGGUAGAGGCCAAGGUCAAGCUCGCAAAGACAAAAGCACGUAAACGUGCUCGAUCCAUCCCCGCGCUUGCUGAGGAGCUCACGCUCGAGGAAUUCGAUCUCCUUUAUCAAGUCCGCUGUUUCCUCUAUAAUUCGGAUCUCCCCACCUCUCAGCGCGGCUCAGUUGAUGUAUCAGCUGUCCCUGUUGCCCAGCUCCCUCCAUUCGAUCCCAAGGCCCGCAUAUACGUCUACAAUUCGGCUGCUGCAACAUUUCGAGCCCCUAGCGACAUAUCUGGCAUCCAUGGAAUGCGUCGCGAGCGGAUCCGGUCCACACUCAACUGGAGAAAUGAGGCCCCUCGCCACGACUGUGCCUUUGUCUCAACCGACGAGGAUGUUCCAGGAAUGCUGGGCAUGGAGGUUGCCCGUGUAAUGGCAUUCUUCUCUUUUGAUUACUCGGGUACUCAUGUGCGCUCGUUCAUUGGUUUUCUCGUGCAAGCGAUGUGCGAGAUCCCGACACCGGUAUUCAUACCCGUCGGUUCGCUGGUCCGCGCUGCUCACCUCAUCCCAUACUACGGUUCUGACCCUGUCCCUGAGACCUUGAAGCACUACGAUUCGUACAAUGAUUUCCAUGUAUUCUACGUAAACCGCGACAACAUGAACGUGUCGACCAUCCCACCCAGUUGUUGCUGCAACUCCCUUGGCCCAGCACGCUCCUCGCUGGCCAACGCCAUCCUUGGCUGUCGACAGCCCACCGCCUCCGACAAUGACAAGCCUGUUGCGCCCUUGGCACAAUGCACACCCCCUCGCUGGCCCACCAUCAUCCUGCACCGGCCACCGAACACUACCUCGCAGGAAGCCCAGCCAGCAGCAGUGCCCGCGGACAUGAGGUCACUGCCGGUCAAGCCACGCGCGUCGCAUGGGCCCAACUAA